AUGGUUACCACUCGGCGCAGCGCACAGCAGCCAUUAUCAGAAGAGGACGAGAUCAGCUCAGAUGCCAGCUCGAUACCGGCUGAAACGCCGCCUCGGCGACGUGCAUCUACUAUCGGAGCUCCCUCGACGCUGAGACCUUCGAGAGAGCCCGCGGCAAGCAACACCGGCCCUGCCAAGCGAAAGCAUUGUCCAGGUGCCACCACCGAAGGACCGCAACUAAAGCGCCAAAGAUCGCCGUUCGAUGUCCGAGACACGAUUGAGGUACAAGGCGAAGAUGACGAUGUUGAUGCGGCCAUCAAAGCCACGAGCUUGCGUCCCGCCUCUCGGAUUGAGGUCUGUCUCCCAAGCGGCCGCUUGUCACGGGAAGGCAACAGAACCAUUUCGGUGGGCGUCCCAUCCGACGGUUCUAUCGCCGACAUCACCGGUCCCCGCCGCCUUCGUGCUCGGCGUCUAAAGCGGCAAGAGCACGAGCCGGACAGCGACUCUUCUCGGGUCCAGCGAGGCCAUGCUGCUAAAAUGGUGCAAGAGGGGGUUCUUCGUGGCGCAGCCCCCCGGGGAUCCAGAGGUAGCCGCGGACUGCAACCCUCCUCUCCGACAAAACCUCCGGCUGAUAUCUACGAUAUUCCAUCGGACGGCGACUCGGACCAACCCAACCCUGCACCCGCCCGAGCCUCAAGGACAAUCAACAACCGGCAGACUCAGAGGCGACGAAAGCCAACAGGGACGUCGCCACGCCGGCCACAUUCUCCCAUCCGAGAUGUCAGGCUUUCUUCCACCCGCGAAGAGAAACAAUCGCAAUCAGCCACUGUUACGGCAUCCCGUCGUGAAGCUCACCGGACUGCUUCCGGACGUGGUUCAAAUGCUGGACCGCCACGCCUAGGCGAGGAGGUCCAGGAUUCAGAGGACGAAAUUGGACCAGAAGGAGGUCGGAGUACCGGUAGGGAUGCGGAAGAGUCUGUGGAUACGGGAGCAACAGAAGAAUCAGAUGGUUCGGAGUCUGACGAAGCAACGAGGGGGCCAAGGUUGGAAGGGAUCCAAGUGCGCCCUUACAGGGACAAUGAGCCCACCAUUCUCGCAUACAGCGAACAUCUCAGCAAUAUGUUGGAACUUAUGGGUAGACGAGGCUGGACAGAAGCAGGCCGCAGGUGGAUGAAACUGUGCUCCAUCAUGCCCGACUCCGACGAAGACUCGCCUGCAAGGACAAGACUUGGAAGGCGAAUUUUGAAUGAUCUCGGCCGCCUGAACGACGAGCUGGAUGACAUUCCGAACGCGUUGGAUCUCGGUCAGCAAUCUCAAGCCCUUGCCAGCAGACAACAGGCACUGAACGGAGCGAUAUCAAGCGUCGACAAGACAGUGCGGAAGAUUGAAAGACGAGCGGGUCCGGCCCCUGAUGGCCAGGGAAGCCAAAGUGGCUCGCGACUUUUCAGGCGGCUUGCUGAUGACCUCACGAAGUGCGUCAUUCCAAUGCUUGUUCUCGUGCUGCGCACGGCUUUCGCCAUCGGGGUAGACGAGCCCGACGCCGAGGCCACUGACUCAACCCCCCCGAGAGGCGCCUUCACGUGGACUACGGUGCAAUACCUGAUGGUCAUCUUGGCGUGGCUUUCCCGCCUCCGGAGACUGAUAUCUGGGAACCCUAGCCCGGCAGCUGAAGGGACCGAAACAUUCUCCGCUCAGCAAAGAGCCGACCCCGACGACGCGAAGCAAAACCGCGAAAGAUUUGGCGUGAUUGUCAGGAAGUGGAUACAACAGCUCCGGCACGAGGUAGACACCUACAACCAACAAGCUGAUCUCAGACUUGCCCGGCACCAGAUGAAACAGCGGGAUAGAAAGGUUCGGGAACAAAGACAGAGAGAGGAAGAGGUAGAGAUGGCGGCCGCCAGGCUGCAGGAAGAGGCGUUCCGAUUGUCGAUGCAGCAGAUGGCGAGCAAGCCUCGUCCCCUGGCUGAGAAGUUCUACAAGGCUACGGAACACUGGGGCCUUCCACCCGCCGGCAGCGGAGAUACAAGUGGCGCUCGCAACCCGACUCCUUCCGCGCCUCGUUCUUCCAGCUCUUCAAUGUUUCUCACCCCUGCGCCAGCGAGACAACAAUCUGCCCUACCAUCUCCCGUGUUGGGUGACCGCCCCUGGUCCGAGUGGGAGAUAGAUACCUUCCUUUAG